AUGCGGCGACUGAUACCCCGUCCAACCCCACCGCCGGCUAAGGCCAUGAAGUCAUCACUGUCUCCGGCCAUAAGGUCACGUUCACCUUCUUCAACCACCGUCUCCGACCAAAGAUUCAAUCCGGCGAAUCCGAGUUUCAAUGACCUUCCAUCAAGUCUUUUGGAAGACAUAAUGUCUCGACUUGAGUUAAAAGAAAACAUCCGAGCAUCUACUGCAUGCAAGCCUUGGCUUGAAGCUGGUGUAUCUGUUCGUGUAGUGGAACAACAUCCUUGGCUUAUGUGUUUUCCUAAACGUGGCAAUUCCUUUGUGCUCCGUGAUCCAGUGAAAUGGAAGUCGUUCAUCACUUUGGACCUGCCAGAGCUAGCUGGCUCGACUGUGCGCUACUCAAAAGAUGGCUGGUUGCUUAUGCAGAGAUCUAGCGAAGACGAAGACGAGAUGUUCUUCUUCAACCCGUUUACUCGGGAGCUCAGGAGCUUGCCUAAGUUGAAGCAGGCUUAUCGGCAUUUUGCAUUCUCUUGUGCUCCUACAUCGGAUCGUUGCGUCGUGUUUGCCUUAGAGCCUAAGAAGGAGGAUGUCACUAUCAGCACUUGCCAUUCUGGAGGAACUGAGUGGACUUCUAACGACUUCGAUGAAGAGUUUAGUACGAUUAGUAAUAUCGUCUAUCUGAAUGAGCGAUUCUAUUGGUAUGAAAGCUGCAAAGAAUUAGAAGAAGGCUUAUACUCCUUUCACCCAUCAUCUCGCACAUGGGAUUAUGAUCGUGCUUUGUAUGGCUGUUUUGAUGUGGAAGGUGAUGUGUACGAGCAAUCAGCUUGUUUGGCAGAGAAUAAGGGAAAGCUCUUUCUCAUUAUGACAAGCAGUUAUUUUAAGAAACCGGUGGUCUAUAGACAAGGCAUGCUCCCGCCGGGCUAUUCGGUUUUUUGGUUGGAGAUGAGUGAAGCUCGCCUUGAUGGCUUUACAUUCUUUGCCAGUUCUUAUAACUCUGAGGUGAGGAAGAACCUCCCAUGGGUGAGGGACAAUAUCUGUUUCUCAAGGCCUGGUCGCAAGCGCAAGCGUUGUGCUUCCUUCUCCCUCAAGAAAAGAACCUACAGUCCGUCCAAGGAAUGGGAGUGGCUUGAACUCUGUCCUGCUGGAAGCAUCUGGAUCGAUCCCCCGAAGAACGUUUCAAAAUAUCUGUGA